GGUCGACAUUGGGGUAAUUUGUUCUCCGCACAAACUAGCUUCAUUUACAGCAUUCAACCCGAGUGUGGUUGUCAUCAUCUUUCGCUCACCAAGACCCUCAAAGCAUAAUGUCUGGCCAUCAUCCCGUUCAUAUUCAUCCGGUUCGGCCGCUCUAUCGCUACUCCGCAACACUUCUUGGCGCCAGUAUGUGGUUCUUUUUGAUGUACCGGGCUAAAAGAGAUGGUCCAGCUCUUCUGGGUCUGAAGCAUCCUUGGGAUCAUUGAUACAAUGGCACUUUUGUCACGAGAGGACUCGAGAAGAGCUGGUUGCUGAAUCCGCAUUCGACCGUUCUAUGACCUCGUGAACAAUUGAAGAGUUAUUUAUAGCUUUCAUUCUUUUUAUAUUCACGGAUUCUCUGUGCGAUAGUCCGCUCGAGUGAGCCAAGGAUUUCCUAUAUAACUACUGUAGCAACGCUUAGAAAGCAUGGGCGUGGAGCCAUGCCCGCCGGCAAUUUCUUUUGUAACCAGGGCGUUACUUUGUCUUUUCAAAUAAAUAAUGCGAUACUCCCCAAGUUUCACCUCCAUCAAAAGCAAAUAAUUCCGCGCAGGCCAUAUAAAAGACUUGCCACCUUCGAUACCAGACGAGGGCGUUCUCAGAGCCGUAAGUUGAAACUAAGUGCGGCCAUACAUCAACUCGAUUGCGG